AUGGAAAUUCACUACAUCAACAAUUCUGUUAUACAAAUAAGUAAAGGGUUCAAUGCUUCAGGUCAGGAAGUGACCAUAUUUAAGCAGUGUGAACACAUGCCUGCCAUCAUCCUUUUUUAUUUGGGCUUGGAGUUUGUUAACAUGUUCUUGGGAAUCCCAGCCAACUUGAUGGUUUUGUGGCUUCUGCACAAAAACAAAGCAGACUCCUCCACCUCAGACAUCUUUAUUUGGCACCUGGCUGUCCUGGACACCCUCUUCUGCCUCCUCCCGCCGCUGGAAUUGGCCAAUAUCAUGUACCUGACGAGCAGCAGCCCCUGGUAUGUGCUACGCUUCUUCUACGGCAUCAAAGAUUCAUCCCCGCUCUUCCUCUCCUGCAUCUGCUUGGACCGCUACAUGGCGGUGGUCCACCCCAUUACCUUUACGGCGCUGAAGGACCGCCGGCACCGGUCAGUUUGCGCCGCGGUUGUGUGGGUCCUCACACUGGCGUAUGCGGCAGUCAAGUGUGUGGGAACCAUCGUAAAAUUCGAGAAGGCCUUCACUGUCAUGAUCCUGGGCACAUUCGCUAUUAUGCUUUUCUGUAAUCUGUCCAUUCUCUUCACCCUCCGACACUCUGGACCAGCUCGGGACGUGAUGCACCCAGUCAAGAAGAAAGCCUUCAAGAUGGUCCUCAUCAUCCUGACCAUCAUCAUUUUCAACUACUUGCCUCCUGUGGCACUCUUUCCAUUUGAGGAGUACUUCUCUCACAAUGUCUUCCAGUGUUACAUCAACUACGUCACCUUUGGAUUCAUGGAUAUCAGCAGCACCAUCCAGCCCAUGCUGUACCUGUCAAAGGAGAAGCCGUCUUGCUCACCCAGGUGCUGCUGUAAAAGGUGCUUUGACCAGGAGAUGCAUGAAGUCUCAACAUAAAAUGACAACAGAUGCUUGUGGUUUUUUAUUUAGCUGAACCUUUUAUACUGUAAGUACUUGUUCUUUAAUGUGGCAACCUUUAAUGUUAUCAUGUAGCUAUAUAUAACCUCACAAAUCUGCAUCUUUGUUAGAUAUGUAAAUAAUCCCCGUCAUCCUCAUACAAAGUGCAAAACACUUAAAUCUUUGAUGUCAAAAAAACUAUAUUUGACAAAUUAUUUGUAGAAUCAUAGGUCUCUAAGUAAACAGCUUUCAUUCCAUGUAAACGUUUGUUCAGAUUUUUUUCUGAACAAGGAACAGUAAAUAAAUUAACAGCUCAUGCUUAUAUUCUGUUUUCCCUCAGGCACUA